GGCGUCUGACGGUGAAGACGUUAUUGCAGUCGUCACAGUUCAGUGUUCUUAAUCUGUGCCUCCAUGUACACAUAUAUGUCCUUUAUUACAUUCUAGUAAAUAGAGUAAACAUCGUUAAUAACUGUUUGCAUCCGGUUAUAUUAGUCUGAGCGCACUUUGAUGCUUCUCGAGCUAGAUUAGCUUGCUAGUUAGCUUAGCUUGUUAGCUGCUAACAAAGAGAGGCGGAAGUGAUCAAAACACAUCACUAAGUAAAGAUCAAGUGUGAGUGUAAAGUGUUGUGAUUGUGUGAAAAUGUGCCAAAGAACGACAGCAGAGUACGAGGAGGAACUUUGUCCAACAAAAGAGGAGAAGGAGCGACAACAUGAAAAACAUCAAGUUGUGUUACACAGAACAGACAUCCAUCAGCUGAUUGGACACCAAGAAGAAUGUCUCCCUCAUCUGCAGGGGGACAGUUUCACUUUAGAGUAUCCACAGCCCUCAAAUUUUAAAGGGCACAAGAAGGUUCCACAGCCCUCUUAUUUCAAAGAGGAAGAGGGGGGAGAGUGUCCUGUAGGGCAGGAGGAGGCUGAUGUCAGCAAGUUUCCACUGACUGUUGUCUCUGUGAAGACUGAAGAGCAUGAAGACAAACCACCUGAGUCCUCACAGCUUCAUCACAGUCCAAACGUCUGUGAAGAACAUCUUCACCCUGAGCAACAGAAGUGGAGCUUCAGGAUGCGGACAGAGGAGCCACAGCCCUCCCACAUUAAGAAGGAAGAGGAAUACCCACUGAUACACCAUUUUAAAAAGGAAGAGGAGGACCUACUGAUACUCCAUUUUAAAAAGGAAGAGGAGGACCCACUGACACCCCAUUUUAAAAAGGAAGUGGUGGAUCCACUGAGCCCUCACAUUAAGGAGGAAGAGGAGGAACACAGCAUCAGUCAGCCUAAAUGGUUGGUGGAGUUCCCAGUGACUGGUGUCCCUGUGAAGAGUGAAGAUGAUGAGGUGAAAGGUGAAAGUGAGGAGAGGGGAGGGGGGGAGCCUCCAAGCAGCAGCUCAACACAACACAUGACAACAGAAGCUGAUGGAGACCACUGUGGAGGAUCACAAGCAGACAAGCUCUUAGCUCCACUAUCAGAUAGUGAGGACACAACGUCACACUCUCCUGACACUGAUGAUGAAGACUCUAAAGAUGAUAAGACAUGUCACACUGACAACACUCACUUCACAUCUUCUCACUGUCACAAAACUUUUAAAUACCGUCGUAGUCUGAAAAGACACAUAAGAACACACACUGGAGAAAAACCUUUUUCUUGCUCAGAAUGUGGUAAAGGUUUUACACGAAGUCAACAUUUGAAAGUACACAUGAGAACACACACUAGUGAAAAACCUUUUUCCUGUUCAAUCUGUGGUAAAGGUUUUACUGAAAGUAAGAAUUUGGACAGACACAAAAGAACACACACUGGUGAAAAACCUUUUUCAUGUUCAAUCUGUGGUAAAAAUUUUACUCGAAGGCAACAUUUGAAAACCCACAUGACAAUACACACUGGAGAACACACUUUUUCCUGCUCAGAAUGUGGUAAAAGUUUUGUAAGAAAUCAAAGUUUAAAAGAACACAUGAGAAUACACACUGGAGUGGAAUUUUUUUCCUGUUUAGAAUGUGGUAAAAGUUUUGUAAGAAAUCACUAUGUAAAAGUACACAUGAGAACACACACUGGAGAAAAAGCCUUUUCAUGUUCAAUCUGUGCUAAAGAUUUUACUCGAAGGGACGAUUUAAAAAAUCACAUGAGAAUACACAAUGGAGAAAAACCUUUUACCUGCUCAGAAUGUGGUAAAGGUUUUGUAAUAAAUAAAAAUUUAAAAUUACACAUGAGAACACACACUGGAGAAAAGCCUUUUUCAUGUUCAAUCUGUAGUAAAGGUUUUGCACAAAGUAACCAUUUGAAAGUGCACAUGAGAACACACACUGGUGAAAAACCUUAUGUAUGUUCGAUAUGUGGUAAAGGUUUUACACAAAGACGUAAUAUGAAAGUACACAUGAGAACACACACUGGAGAAAAACCUUUUUCAUGUUCAAUUUGCGGUAAAGAUUUUACUCGAAGGGACCAUUUAAAAAAACACAUGAGAAUACACACUGGAGCAAAAACUUUUUCCUGCUAAAAAUGUGGUAAAUGUGUUGUAAUAAAUUGUAGUUUAAAAAUCCACAUGAGAAGACACCCAGGAGAGAAAGUGUUGAGUUGCAGUGUGUGUGGUGAAAGAUUGUCUUCUAAGUACCAGUGUAAGAAACACAAGUGUGCUGGUGAGAACAGCAGCAGCAAAUGAAACUGCAGGAUUUGAAAUAAACUGUCCAGACUUUCAUUUUGACUUUCUAACAACAUCAGCACAUAUAACAUGUGUGACAUCAUUGUUGUUUGUCUAACAAUCUGUUUAAUAUGCGCCUACAUUUAUAGAUUAGAGCAGGGGUGUGCAUUAUGUCGAUCGCGAUCGACUGGUCGAUCUCGGAGGGUGUGUCAGUCGAUCUCAAGCCAGGCAUUAAAAAAUAGACAUAAAAAUGAGCAAUCAUCAAUCAUACCAAGACUUCACUUUCGUCAGUUGUUUGACAUUCUCGGCACCCGAGGAUCUUGUGAGAUGACGCUGGCUGCUGCGAGCUCAUAUUCAAGAAAAAAAUCACUAACAGGGCGGACGCAGAGAAACACAUUUUAUUUCUAGAGACUCCGUACCUACUGUCAAAUUUCUAAAGACCGACAGCACAGUUCCUGUCUUCACCAUAAAAGACCUGUUUCAUCCUGCCUGAGCUAACAAAAUAAGAGUCUCAGAAAGCUAGCGUGCACAAGCUAGCAAGCUACGGAGUUUGAUGCCGAUGUAUUUCUCCCCCGCCCUCAGCGACCGCUUUCUCACUUGCUUGCCCACCCGCACACUCACUGACGUCACUCACCUGCUGCCAGACAUUAAAGGGCCACACACAUAUGCUACUCUCAUAACAAAGUGUUUAAAAAUGAGUAUGCAAGUUUGACAAAUGAGAUGCCAAAUCCAACCACUUUCAUGUGGUAUUGGACAGAAAGGAGGACUUUUUUUUUCCUCCAUUUGAAAAUGCGGACGUUAUCAGCACCACUGUCUAAUUCCAAUCAAUGCAAGUCAUCAGAAUCAGGUAAUACACCAACUUAUAUUCUUGUCUUCAUGAAAGAAAGGAAUCUAUUUGUGUUAAACAUGCUUGUAUUAUCAUUAAACACCAUUAACUUGUUAACAAAAAUGUCUCUUUCAGAAAUAAAUAAAUAUAAAUUAUAAAUAGGAAUGAGGUAGAUCUCCUCGACUUGGUCAAUUGAAAAGUAGCUCGCCUGCAGAAAAAGUGUGAGCGCCCCUGGAUUAGAGACUUCAGAUUAGCGAUUUUAUUUCAGUCAAGUACAUGAGUUAAUAUACACAUUUGUGUACUUUAAAAUGAACACAACAGUUUGACUGAAAAGGUGAGAAUAAACAGUACAUAAAAUAUGUUACAUACAAUAAACAUUUUAUGUGUAGAUAUAUUUAUAUUACACUUUUAUACUUAUUCAUAAUUGUGUUUUAUAUGUUUUUAUUAAAUAAUGAAGUGUUACAUAUUUUAUUUUGUAAUUGUAGAUGAUUCCAUAGAUGAACUCCUUUAUAUGAUGUACAUAUUUGUUUUACAUGUGUUCAUACCUUUGCUUUUGAGUACACAUAAAUCCCUCUUAGUUCAUAUUUACUGCUUCACAUCUGAAACAUCUUCUGGACCACUUCUGGAAGCAUAUAAUUAUUUACUUUAUACAUCAUUUGAACAGUUGUCUUUUAUAUAAGAUCAUUUACUUUUAAAAUGUGUGACUUAAUCAUUUGUUGGGUCUCUAUAAUCCAUUCUAUGACUUAUCUUUAUUACUCUCUUUUGUAAUAUGAUGAUUGUUUUGUGAUUGUUUUAUAUGUAUGUCCCCAGACUUUUAUGCAAUAAACAAUGUAUGUUUCAACUGAAGUUGGCUACAAUAAAUGUAGUUAAUAUUU